AUGACAACAGUAGUACCCUCUCAUUUCCAGUCCCUUGGGCUUCCAAAACAGUUCCCUGUUAGAAGCUACUGCAGUCGUGCUCUUACAUGUCAAAACGCUACAAGGAUUGUUGGGUUCUGCAACACACAACGCAAGCUGUUUACGAGUCCGCAUAAGACGGGUCAUGCUCGUUUAUCCAGGCUGAUAUAUGCAGCUGGUUCAGGUUUAGAGGCAUCUAUUGCAGAUGUAGAAGGCAAUCUCAUAACAUUGAAAUCCGCCAAGAUUGUCGUAGAGUCCCAAGAAGAUAAUAAGAUACAAGUUAGAGUAGACUUGACUGGGGAUGACACAGAAAAAGUUUUUGAUAAGGUUUUGACAAACUUGGCACGCACAGCACCACCAGUUCCCGGAUUUCGCAGACAAAAAGGAGUUUCGGAAAAGGGACCUGUUAUUUUCAAUUUUGAUAUGCUUAGGAUUGUGUAUCCAUAUAUGCAAAGGUUAACUCAGCCAUUUAUUGAAUAUGCUGCAUUAGAGUGCAUGGAUGUGGGAAUUCUAAGCCGAUAG